GACAAAACGGAGCGAUUUCGCAGGAGAUAUCUUGGAAUUAAACCCUGCCUUUUCGAGUUCACGGGAUCAUUCCUUUGGUGAAUGUGCUCACUCGGAGUAUCAGAUCAGAUGGAGGACGUGACUACCAAGGGAAGGUCCAUCGCAGUCUGUGUGUGGUUGGUCAUGGUCGGAAUUGCUGCUGGUCAGCGUGGCAUCUGCCGUUUCACUCCGGAUACCAGCUCUCUCAGCUGCUCCUGCGUCCCGAACGUUGGUCAAAGCCUGCACCUUCACAGCCUCCGAAGACCUAUAGACGUUUGCCUCAAAGGCAACGGAGACAGACUGUGCUGUCGGAACAGCAGCCAGGCCUGGGUAGAUGCCAGCCAUGUUAAACUGAUCUACAGCUGGGCUAUGAACCACACUGUCUACUGUGAAUUUGGCUUCGGCUUCGGCUUGUCAGAUGUGGAGUGUUCUGGGCAGGGGACCAUGGCAACCCAGAUGUCGAACUCGCCACUGAUGAAUUCUAGGAAGCCAGUCUCCAGCAGAAUGGGGGGAUGGGAUGGAAGGAAGAUGCUGAACUCCACGAAUGCGGCUGGGCGGUCAGUAGCUCAAGUGACGAUGGCAGUUGGUGUUCCUAUCGUUCUGUGGUGCUUGUGGGUCGGACGUUUGAAAACUCAAAUAUUGGCCUGGAUGGAGAUGCACAGUGAGAUCCCACUAUCAGCAGUGUUACUGCCUGCUCUGGCAGCACCCCCAAGACUCCAGAGGAAUCCAGCCCAGUCUGUGCAAUCUCUCCCCAGGACUAACACCCCACCCAGACAAAGUCCUGGUGAAUCUCCCCUUCACACAGGGGAUCCCUCCCUUGGGUCCACGGACCCCUUGGUUAAUGGUAUUGGUCCUCUGCAUAAAAUAAAGUUGAGAACCCCUGUCUUGUUGGUAAACACCUACUUGGGUUUGUCACAAUCAUUUCUCCCACAUUCACAUCACAUCAGUUGUUAUCACAUCAUGCCUGAAGUACCCUGUGGUUAACCACAAGUCACAGACUUCAAUUGGAAAAGCAUCCUCCCAGCACUCCCCUCUUUGUCUCCAAUCAUCUGCCAAUUAUCCAAUUCAACUUGGACACCAAGUGCCUUCUGGACUUGCUCUCCACCAACACCACCCCCUCCCCGCCCACAAACCAAUCAAAGACCUUCCCAAAGUGUUUCUGAGUAAAAUAUACGUCAUGGCCCUGGUCAACUUAUCCGAGUCACCACCUCAUUAAAUCUCAGGCAAAUUAGGGGGAGAGUGUGAUAGGAAAUGCUCUGUUACCAACUCUGUUAUAAGAAUUAACCUUAAUUAAUAAUAAUAAUAAUAAUAAUAAUGACGAGUUGGGUACAGAAAAACAUGUAUUUCCUCACAAUUAACUUUAUUGGUUUGACUAACAAACACAUGGGUUGCUAACCCCAUUUCCAACCCUCCUGCUCUCGGGGCUGGGUUAGGGAUCAUCAUGGUAGAUGUGUUGGCUUUACGACAGUUAUUUAGUUUAUAAUAUUUUCGCUUAGUAAUUCAUUUGUUAGUAUUUUCUAGUUAGAAUUAGAAGUGUUUAAAGUAUAUUCAUUGCAUGUAAAAAAUAUCGGCAUGCGAUGACGUCACAUCCGGUUUCGCCACGUCUUGUGGGAAAAUACCGGUUUGAGAUCAACACGAGGGUGGGGGGCUCACCACGAGGCACACCUGAGCAGGGUUGUUUGUAUGCAUUAGAAAUCACAGUGAGAGCAACGCUGUAAGUUAAUAGAUAAUCGAUAUAUUGAACUAAGAUGUUAACGCCGAUCCUGUUAAAAGUAACGACGGUCGAUAAUGUUUAUGUUUUCGUUAGUUAAAGAGUUGCGGAUAGUUUGCAUUGAAGUGUAUUUAAAGUAGUCAAUGGCAUAGGUAAACUCUGCCUGUAUACUUCACCUUAAUGUAAUGUAGUUAUAGUCACUUUUACAAGUAUUUACAAUGGAAAUGUGAUAUUAAGAAAGGAACAAAUACUGUAUCAAUCUUGUAUUGUUUUAUCAACAGUUUUCACCAUAUGUUAAUGUGAAGAGUGAACAGUAAAUGGUUAAUCUUA